CUACCAUACCGAACUACCUAACCUAGGCACCUACUACUUAUUACAUUGCUUCCAGAUCUGGGUAACAGUAGCUAUGGCCCGGGCGAGCUAAGCUCUCAAUGAAUGUCAAGCAGAAACGGGGCAGUUCGUUCAGAUAAUGCGAUUGACGAGGAAGCUCCUUCCUCACCUACCUUUGCAAACCCCCCCAAUCCAUAUCCACCGCCUUUCCUGACAACUUCAUCUCGCCCCCUUCCUUCCCGUCGCAGAGCUUCCACCCACCCACUGCUUCGGCCUGAGUCCAGCUCCAUACCUGAGGUCCAGUCCUACCGACACCUUGUUCCGGCUUGCUGCCUUCCUGGGUCAAUUUCGUCGAUCGUCGGAGCGCGUUCCGGUACUGUCACCAUCACCGCAGCAGCAGGCCGCGUACCAUUCCCGUCGUCUUCCACGCCUUUUCUCUUCUCCUCUCACGCGCCGCCCCAUUCCACCCUGCUUGAUCGACCCUCGUUUGGCAACUUUCCACCCAUCCCUGUUAUCCCGUCGGCCGACUAUCCUGCAAGCACUAGGUAUCUCAGCAGUGCCCACACACCUCCACCAGCCGAACAUCCUUGCCUGACUGAUGACCAGAGAUUGCCGCGUCCUCUUUCGAUCACGGCAUCUGGCAACCCAACACCACGAUACCCCAUAGUCGCCCACGCCAUUGGUGGCUGUCCUGAACCACGACCAGGCUCUCCCAAGCCAGCACCGUCAACUGUCCAUCCAGCUGGGAUCGCCCAUGCCUUUUGACCGUUUUACCAAAAUACCAAUACACUCGUAGCAGGCCCCGGAUAUCCACGGGCCGUCGUGGGGGAUUGAAACGGGCCGCUUACUAUCUCGCUAUCCGCCGGUUCCCUUGCUUUUGUCGAGCAACCUUUUGUCGUGCGGGGCCACUUGCUUCGACAGUAUCGCCUCGUCAUUCUCCUCCAGCUCAGCGGCAGCGCUCAC